CGCCACAAACCACAACGCAGCAUUCCGGAUUGGCUCGGUCGCUUUCCGUCGCAAUCCACCGGCCAUCCAUCCACCCACCCGCAAGCACGAGAACCGCACAACACGGACAACAAACCACUCUCGAACCACCACCGAACGGAACCACGGAGAAAGAGUUUCUGUUGACGAUGAACGGUGCCGCGAGUCUCGUGGCGCGUUCGUUUGCCCGAGGGGCGACGAGGAGGCCCCUUUGGCCGCGGUGUACCGCAGCGAAACGGCCGUCUUCCGCGACGGCCGCCGCCGCCGGCGACAGCAGCAGCAGCAGCAGCAGCAGCAGCAAGAGCAACACCACCGGCAACAACAAGAGCAACCGCGGCCCGAGCGACUCGAUGGAGCAAGCCAGGACCCGUCUGGCGCGGUCGGCCCUGGAGCGGGUCCCCAGGCACGGCUGGACGAAGGAGGCCAUCGCGGUGGCCGCCUCGGAAGACCCAAAGCUCAGCCUUUCCAUGUCCGGGAUGCUCUCUCCCUCCGACCUCGUCGGCUGGUUCCUGGACGACCUGAACCGGGAGCUCCGGGAGCGAAAGCGGGAAGAGGGGGACGGCAGCAGCAGCGGCGGCGAGGGCGAACCCUUCGACUCGAUCCGGUGGCGGCUGGAAAAGGUCCUCCCCUUUGUGGAGAGCGGCCGGUGGCACACCGGAAUGGCCGUGGGGCUGUCGACGCCGCUGGAAACCCGGUCCCGCCUCCACGAGUUCAUCGAGCUCGCCACCCCCCCGAGGCACGCCGGGAACACGGCCUACCAGGCGGCCCUGGGGGCCAUCUUUCUGGCCACCGAGCUCCACCUCCUCUCGGACGCCUCCCCCGGGAAGGCCUCCACCUGGUCCUUUCUGGGGGACCGGCUGGAAGAGCUGGAGCGGGGCCUUCCGGAGGGAAAAAGCCCGGGCCUCUCGGACCUCCCGGGGGUCCUGGCGUCGCUCGCGGCUUCGGCCCCGGCUCCUCCGUCCCCCGAGGCGCUGGCCAACGCGACCAACAGCAUCCCGGUGGUGGCCGGCCUGGCGGUGGCCCGGUCCCUGGUGGAGGGGGCCGCGAGCCUGGUCCUCCCGCAGCCGGCGGCGGCGCCACGGAAAUCACCGGUGCGUUCCCCGCCGGGCAAGGAGGCGGACAACGCCGCCGCCCCGGCCGGAACCAGGGAGACCGACUACCUCGAGGGGCCUUCCCCGCGGUAGGCUUGGCCUCGCACCAGGGACCGGCGGGCAAUCGGAAGAGCGUUGCCGCGUUUGGGCAGAUCCCAAUCCGACCACUACAUACAUACAUACAUACAUGGAUGCACAUCAAUAACAACGACAAUUUCAAUAAAACCUUCACAGCAAU